AUGGCCCAGCAAAAUAACGGCGAGCCUGUGAUGCGCAGGAAGCUAGUCAUCAUCGGCGAUGGAGCUUGUGGCAAGACGAGUCUGCUCAGUGUAUUCACACUCGGUUACUUUCCAACGCGCUACGUCCCAACUGUAUUUGAAAACUAUGUGACCGACUGCAGAGUAGACGGCAAGUCCGUCCAACUCGCACUAUGGGAUACCGCAGGGCAGGAAGACUACGAGCGCCUACGGCCCCUGGCUUACAGCAAGGCCCAUGUCAUCCUCAUCGGUUUCUCUGUUGACUCGCCCGACUCCCUCGAUAACGUCAAGCACAAGUGGGCCGAAGAAGCCCGUGACCGCUGUCCCACGGUCCCCAUCAUCCUCGUCGGCCUGAAAAAGGACUUGCGCGAAGACCCUCUGGCACAAGAAGAGAUGCGUAAAAAGUCUCUCCGCUUCACCACCGCCAAGCAGGGAAGCGAUAUGAAGGAGAUGAUUGGCGCGCGCAAAUACCUCGAGUGUAGUUCCCUGACUGGCGAUGGCGUAGACGACGUUUUCGAAGCCGCAACCCGUGCUGCCCUCCUCAGUGUCGACAAAAAGGAAAGUGGGCCUAGCUGUUGCAUUGUCUUGUAA